AUGAUUGCCCCAUCUACUCCUGCCGCCCACGGGCACCUGCUCCGAUAUCGCGCUACUAUCAAGGCGCCCGUCAAGCUCUCGCCGCACUUCCUCCCCAAGAAGAGAACCUCUCGCCCCACAAAGGCCGGCUCUUGGCCGACUGGGGCGAAGGUGACCAAACCGCCACGCGCCAAGGCCACUGCCGCCAGUGCCGCCGCCAAGGGUCGGUCUAAGAAACCGGCAAAGACCAGCAAGCACCGGAUGGUUCUCACUCCCACUGGCGGGAAGUGA